GCUCUGUUGCAUAUAACAAAAGUUAUCAUUAACAAUGGGAGCCAUAGGAAAGAAAAAUGCUCGUGAUGUUAAACGCCAGACUGGCCGAAUAAAGAAAGAUCCCGGUAUCCCAAAUCUGGAUCAUUUCAAAAAGAAACAGGCCAACAAAGAAGAAGAACGCCGGAAAAAGGCUGCCGCAGCGAAAGAACGACAAUCACAAGCACGUCAACAACUACAGAACAAAAACAGAAAGUUCGGACAAAGCGCGUCAUUAUUAGAUAUGGUUCAGAACGCUCAGCAACGAGGACAAGCAUUUGACGAUCAACAUGAAAGUCAGUUGGCUGAUGAGGGCAAAAUGCUAAAGGAUGCCGCAUUGACGGGUGAAAAGGAUAACUCGAAAAAGGCCUAUUUCCGUGAAUUUAAAAAGGUGCUCGAGCAUGCGGAUGUGGUAUUGGAAAUUCUGGAUGCACGCGAUCCUCUUGGUACUCGAACACGCCAUGUGGAGCGCAUGAUUAUGGAAAGUGGUACAAAUAAGAAGAUUAUCCUGGUGCUGAACAAGAUUGAUUUGGUGCCCAAGGAAAACGUUGAACAGUGGUUAAAGUAUCUACGCAACGAAUACCCGGCCAUCGCUUUUAAAUCAUCGACCCAAAGCCAACGACGGAACUUGGGGCGCGUAAAUGUCUCAGCUGACGAGGCAGCCGAGCAUUUGUUGAGCGGCUCCGAGUGUUUGGGUGCGGAUGCGUUGAUGGCUCUGUUGAAGAACUAUUGUCGAAGUGCACAGAUCAAGACGUCAAUCAAUGUCGGUAUCAUUGGCUAUCCAAACGUGGGCAAAUCGUCUGUGAUCAACUCGUUAGCACGGGCCAAGGUGUGCGGCGUGGGGUCGACGCCUGGUUUUACAAAGGUUGCACAACAGAUUACGCUCGAUAAGAACAUUAAACUUCUCGAUUGCCCUGGUAUCGUAUUUGCAACCCAAGGACAAGAUGGCAAGAGCGAUGCCGAGAUUGUUUUGCGGAACUGUAUCAAGGUUGAGUUAUUAGAGGAUCCAGUAACACCAGUGGAAGUAAUUGUAUCAAAGAUCCCUACCGAGCAGCUGAUGAUGAUGUAUGACGUUGGAUACUUUAACAACGCACAUGAAUUUCUGGUAUUACUCGCACAGCAGCGUGGAAAGCUGAAAAAGGGUGGUGUAUCCGAUAUCCAUCUAGUGGCGCGAGCGGUUCUGCAAGACUGGAAUGGCGGCAAGAUCCCCUUUUAUACCCUUCCGCCAGCAAACAAGCCAUCGCACGAUCUGGGCAGUGCCAUUGUCUCUUCGUGGGGACAAGAAAUUAACAUUGACCAGCUGCAAGCCGCUGACCAGUCAGUGUUGAGCGGAUUGCGAGGCUCUGCCGAUUUUGGUGGUAAUGCGGUAGUAAUGCAAACGACCGAUUUGGACAUGAUGGAUGCCCAUGACGACACUGCUGCUACUACUACUACCCCGUCAGAGACUGGCAGCAUGAUGAUGGAUGACUCUGGCGAAGCAGUGAAUUCAUCCGGAUUGACAGUGCAGCUCGAGCGCAUGCGCAUGAAAAAGAAAGGCGCGGGAUCUGGCCAGCCGCAGCGGGUGUUUACGGCCAUGGAAGAAGAGCUGAUGAACAGUCUUCAGCGCAACCAGAUGCUUGCCAAGGAACGUAAGCAGAUGCAAAAGAAGCUGCGCAAGCAGACGCAGGGUGGUGAUGGUGAGAGCAACGAAGGCGACUACGGGUUUGCCAUGGCCAAGGAAGAAGACGAGCCAAUGGCAAUGAUGACAAACGACGUGCAACUACUCCCUGACGAUGAAGAUGAAGAUUUGUAAUUCAUUGGUGCGCGGGUUUUUGCGUGUCGCACCGAUUUCCUUAAAGUUAUCCGACCCUCUCUAAUAUCAACUAUCACCUCCCCCCCUCCCCCCUCCUCCUCCUCUCCCCGUAUAAAUAAUCAGCAUCUCCAGAGUUUUUUAUUCUUUUUUCUGU